ACCUCACCUCAUCAACUCCAUUUACCCUCCCCUCUCGAUUACUCAAAGCACGACGAUUACUGAUCGCGUCCCAACACCAAUACCACUCAUCAAUCCGUCUGCAAGCCCGCCAAUCGCCCAAAAUGGCCACCUCCCAGCCCCCAAAGCGUCAAAAGACCUCGCCCUUCGAACUCAUCUACUGGCCCGGCGCCCCAGGACGCGGGGAACACGUCCGUCUUGCCCUCGAAGCAGCCGGCGCAUCCUACACCGACACCGCCUUCAUCGAAAACGGCAUGAAACUCGUGCUCUCCCACAUCGACGCCAAGAACCUCGGCGACGCUUCCAACCCCCCUCUUCUCGCGCCACCGAUCCUCAAGCACGGAGACCUUCUCAUUUCCCAAACAAGUAACAUAUUGCUGUACCUGGGACCGCGACUGGGCCUUGUUCCGAAGGAUGAUGAGGACGGGAUAUACAAGAUCAAUGAGCUGGCGUUGACGGCGCUGGACGGGCUGAGCAAUGAGGCGCACGAUACGCACCACCCCAUUGCCAACGCGCUAUACUACGAAGACCAGAAACCCGAAGCGAAGAAGAAGUCGGAGGACUAUAUCAAGAUGCGGCUCCCGAAGUUCUUGGGGUAUUUUGAGCGGGUGUUGAAAGGGGAGGCCAGUAAAGGUGGGGAGUGGCUCUAUGGCGGGGAGAUGACCUAUGCGGAUUUGGUGCUGUUUCAGUGUUUAGAUGGGGUUAAGUUCGCUUUCCCGAAGGCAAUGGAGAGGUUGGAGAAGGAAGGGAAGUUUAAGGGUGUUUUUGGGCUGUAUGAGAGAGUUAAGGGGACGACGAAGAUUAAGACGUAUUUAGAGAGUGAGAGGAGGCAAACAUACUCUUUGGGGAUUUACAGGCAUUAUCCUGAGCUAGAUGAGGACUGAAGCUACCAUCGAUUUACCCGGGUUUGGGGGUGAAUGGGAAUUAGAGUGAUUGGGGCAGUCUGGAUCGGCGUAUCAAAAGUCUGCGCAAACAAAAGUCCGGAAGAACAAAAAUGGGGAGUGUUCACCUCUUCAAUCUGCGUCCAGGAGCUAUGUUCUCACCUUGAUCUGUGCGAAGCCCU